AUGGCGUUUACAUUCGCCGCCUUUUGCUAUCUUCUAGCCCUCAUCGCCGUUGGGUUCUGUAUUUUCUUCGCGAUAUACACGGUUAUCUGCGUUGACGAGUUACGCACGGACUACAAGAAUCCGAUCGAACAAUGCCGUAAUCUGAAUCAGCUCAUCCUCCCUGAAUACCUCAUUCAUGGAACGUUCACCGUACUCUUCAUUUUCAGCUGGCAACUCAUUUCAAUUCUUGCAAACCUUCCUCUCGCAUUCUAUCACAUCUACACCUAUGUCAACCGUCCGGUCAUGUCUGGUCCAGGAAUCUACGAUCCAACUACCAUUCUCAACCGUUCCACUCUUUCAUCAACACUUCGCAUCUCCUGGAUCAAAUUGGCUUUCUACCUUAUCUCAUUCUUCUAUUACCUCUACGCCAUGAUCUACACCCUCGUCACCGCAAACUAA